AUGACGGAUAUAGAAUUGGAAUUAGAGGAUGAAAAUGAGUCGUCUAGUGUACCAGAAACAGUUAAUUCUCAGGGAACGAUCUUUGCAAACAACAUUAAAAUAGAGCAACAAAAUAUUGAACCUAUUUUGACCAAAAAAGAACUAUACGCAUGGUACCUUUAUGCAUUUGCUUGCGAAGUGUAUUCAGUUGUAUCAUUAUCAAGCUUCAUACCAUUGAUCCUGGAACAAUUCGCUUCCGAACAAGGUGUUCUCAACAUUAAUCAUGAAAUCGCGUGCAAAAACUCCACUGAACUUAGGACUUUUGAAGAAGUACGCUGUGUAGUCAACAUUUUUGGGUUAUGGGUUGAUACAGCCUCGUUUAGCUUAUACACUUUUUCAUUUAGUGUAAUUCUACAAGCUAUCACUGCAAUAUCUAUCGGUGCAACGGCUGAUCACGGUGCAAUGCGCAAAACUUUAUUAAUAAGCUUUGCUUUGGUUGGAAGUGUAUCUGCAAUGUUAUUUUUACUGGUCACUCCUCCCAUGUUCUUACUUGUCGCAAUAAUUGCUAUUAUAGGGAAUGUCUGCUUUGGUGCCUCCUUUGUUUGUUUUAAUGGUUUUUUACCAGUUUUGACGAGAAAUCAUCAAGAUGUAAGAAAAAUUUCUGACAAAGUAAAAUUACAUAUAGCUGACAAAUCAAAGCUUUCAAAUGAUCAACAGCCUUUUUAUUUGGAUGAUGAUAAUAUCAGUGAUCAAUCAACUACCAGACUUCUAAAUCUUGACAAUAAUUCCGAUGAUACUUUGUAUAAUCUUUUGAAUGAACUGGCAACAACGAAAGAAAAGAUUUCAACUCAUAUAUCUGCGCGUGGUUUUGCGUCUGGUUACUUUGGUGGCAUAAUUCUUUUAGGCAUUUGUUUUAUUAUCGCUUUUAUUCUACAUUCCUCCGUUUUUAGCCUUCAAAUUGGUGUGUUUUUAUCCGGAACAUGGUGGUUUUUAUUUUCUUUACUUGUUGCUAAAUGGCUGCAACCUAGGCCUGGUCCUCCCUUAUUUUUGGGUGAUGGAAGAAAAAUAAGAUGGUUCGAUUAUGUUGUAUACGCAUGGAAACAAUUGUGGAAGACCAUCAUACAAGCAAAAAAGUUGGAAAUGACUUUUAAAUUCUUGAUCGCUUGGUUUUUUAUAUCUGAUGGAUAUACCACAAUAUCUUCGGUGGCAUUGUUAUUUGCUAAAACAACGUUACAAGUUCCAGCU